UGUUUAAUUAAUUUUGUUACAGGUCCUGUUACUAUAGCUGAUAAAGCAGCGGAGGAAGCUAUGAUUUCAAUUAUACUAGAGAAUUUUCCUUCUCAUGCAAUUUUCGGGGAGGAGAAUGGGUGGAGGUGCAAAGAGGAGUUUUCAGAUUUCGUUUGGGUUUUGGAUCCGAUAGAUGGGACCAAGAGUUUUAUUACCGGUAAACCUUUGUUUGGUACACUCGUUGCUUUGCUAUAUAAGGGUAAACCGAUUCUUGGCAUAAUUGACCAGCCUGUAUUAAGGGAACGAUGGAUUGGCUUAAAUGGAAGGAGAACGACAUUGAAUGGAGAGGAAAUAUCUACACGGGCUUGUGCCAAACUGUCACAAGCAUAUUUGUAUACCACUAGCCCACAUCUGUUUAGUGGGGAUGCUGUAGAAGCUUUUGCUCGUGUUAGAAGCAAGGUGAAAGUGCCAUUAUAUGGCUGUGACUGUUAUGCUUAUGCUCUUUUGGCUUCUGGAUAUGUAGACCUCGUAAUCGAGUCUGGUCUCAAGCCCUACGAUUUCCUUGCCCUGAUACCUGUGAUAGAGGGAGCUGGAGGCAUUAUAACAGACUGGAAAGGACACCACCUCUUCUGGGAGGCUUCUCCAGAUUCUCGUGCAACAAGUUUCAAUGUAGUGGCGGCUGGAGAUAAACAAAUUCACCAACAAGCUCUAGAUGCAUUACAAUGGCAUUGAAGAUUUGCACCCGAUUCUUACCUCCAAUGUAACAAUGUCUGCUCUUUUGGUUCAAAUAUUUACUAUUUUAGAAACAGACCCCUUUGGGAAGCUAAUUCGACUAGUACAAGUGAACUAGUUUUAUUUACAUCUCAUCAAUAAUAAAUCUACUUUUCUGUUUAUCUGAGUAAUUGAUCAAUCAAUUUGUGUUCAUGUCAAACCUCCUCAGACACAUUAGUUAUAAAGACUAACUGAAAGUCGAGUGAAAGCAUAACAGUGAUAUUCAGGGUAAAUUGAGAUGCUUGAAUUGCUCACCAGUUGAUUGGCAGAGGGAUAUAACGAUCAAAUAUAAGCAUUUCAGUUGAGUAGAAAAUGAUUCAGCUAAACCGGG